AUGGCCGCAGGGAAAACUUUUCUACUGGGGCUCUUCGACGGUGGCGAGCAGGUGGAGCUUCUUCCUUCGGCUUCAUUUUCUUCUUCGGCUUCCUUACAGAAUUCUCAUGAAGAUGAAGUGAGGAUCCUGAUUGUGGGAAUCAGAGGUCAGUCCAGAUUCAGUGCUGCAGAUCUUCUGUCAGGAAGGAAAGACGGUGGACAGGAGGACAGAGAGUUUGUAAAGACUCCAGUAAUCACAGACGAGGCUCGUAGAAUGAUGCUGGUCACUGGACCAAACCUCUCUUCUCGUGUAGAGGCUCUGAGGAUCCUGAUUGUGGGAAUCAGAGCUCCUCGUGUAGAGGCUCUGAGGAUCCUGAUUGUGGGAAUCAGAGGUCAGUCCAGAUUCAGUGCUGCAGAUCUUCUGUCAGGAAGGAAAGACGGUGGACAGGAGGACAGAGAGUUUGUAAAGACUCCAGUAAUCACAGACGAGGCUCGUAGAAUGAUGCUGGUCACUGGACCAAACCUCUGUGAGGAGGACACAGCGAGACAGACCUUCACAACAGCGCUGUUUCUCUCGUCUCCAGGACCUCACGCCGUUUUAAUGCUCCUGAAUCUGGAAGAUCAACAACAGUGUGAUAUUGUGAAACGAGCCCAGGAGCUGCUGGGAGCAGAAGUCCUGCAGUACUGCAUUGUUCUUCUGCUCCAAAAUCAGCAGGAACGUUUCACAGGAGCGUCCAGAGGGAUUGCUGGAGAAAUGAUCAACGCAUGUGGAGGGAGAUUUCACGUCAUAAGAGACUCUGAAUCAAAACCUGCUCGAAGAGCAGCUCUCGUAGCAGAAAUAGACAAGUUAGUUUGGCUCAAUGGUGACAAAUUUUACACAGCACUGAAUCAAACUCAACAGUUAGAAGCUGAAAGGCUGGAGCUUUUACAAAGGCUAAAAGAAAUAGACGGCAAACUUGGAGAAAGUCAGGUCUCAUCUGCAAUGCGUGACAGUUUAGGAGUGGUCGGAUGGAGUCUGAUCAUUUCACUGAUUGCGGUUGUUUUGGCUACUGAACAGAAACACACAAUGUUAAUUUUUGUGGCAUCUUUAGCUGGACUCGUGACAUUUAUGGCAUCUUUAAGAAAUGCUUUGAGUCCACAUGUUGCUUUUGCACUAAAUUUGGCUCUGUGCUCCACAGUUGCGGCUGCCUUUAUAAAGUAUCUACCAAUGCGCAAGUCAAGUAACAAAGAAAAAAUCGGAACAGAGUUUAUAUUUACAGUAGGUUUAGGAGUGACUCUUGGAUCAAUCACUAGUGUAAGGACUUUGUCUGAUGUUUUUGUAGCAUGCUGUGCUGCAUUUGGAGUCACAAACGGUGCUUUUGCAUUUUUAGGUUUAUCCUUUGAGUUAAAAAAACUGAAUGUCCGAGAAUUAUUCCUGUUAUUUCUGUUUUGUGCGGUAGGUGCUGAACUCACAAUGUUGUGUGUGAUUGUGCUCAAUGCACUGUUCGGAGUGACACUCACAAUCAUUUUGAUAAUAAUCAUGAUUGUAAUUGCAUCUAACAAUUUAGAUCCCAACAUGCAGAACACCGUAAUUAAGUUACUUCUUCCUUCAGUGAUUUUUUCAUGUGCUUGUGUGUGUAUUGGUUCAGUUGUUCUGACUUUAGAGAUGUUUUUGAGUUUUCUUAAGGUAUGUAUCGAAUACCUGGUGGGUUCGUACUUGUUUUAUCCAGUGUUAUUGCUUGGUUCUUUAAUGCUGUUUGGACAUUCUGUGUCAUGACUGUGAAAUGCACCAUUCUCUAUUGAUGACUUUUCAAAAUGAGCUGUGGACUCUGACGAGCUACAGUUUUCUGAAAGCAAUAUUUAAAUUAUAUAUUUAAGCAAUAUUUAAAUAGACAUUAUACCUGGCUUUGUUUUUGAAGGCUCUUGUUUGUGAAAUAGACUGAUGACAUUCUUCUGAUAUCAUCAGCCAGUCAAUGUUGUCAUGACGUCAAUAAUUAGUCACAUGGUGUUUACAGCUCAGCUGAUUGGCUCAAACUAUCUGACUACAAAACUCUGCGUCCAUGAGCAAAAAUCUCAAACUGCGUACGUUCAAGUGGAUGAGUAUUAAAUAUUAUGGACGUCAUUGUGUUCUUGGAUUGGAUGUUUUCAGUCUUUUGAUUUACUUUGUGUUGUACAUAAUGUGAACAUGCUUUUGCACUGUUGCCAAGAUUGUUACGUGCAAUCUUUUGGUUUCCGUCCAUGAAGUGCCCCAAAAAAAAUAAU